AUGGGUUUAAUUUAUUCAACAAUUGCUGUUAUAUCAUUAUGCUUCAACAGACUUGUAACAUGGGGCUGCUGUGCAAUCGUAUUGACAGGAGUUAUGGCAUCUAUGAUGCUGUUUGUAGUCUAUGGCAUCACGAUGGGGUACCAUCAGGCUCAAAAUGAAUUAGUUGACUUUGCUUUGAAAUCAAGAGAAGUUAAAACUGGAAUGCGAAGAAAUGUUGAUAUAGAUAAAGAGUUUACUCGAUCUUCCGAGGAAAAUAGAACAUCUGAAGGGCCUAGCACUGAUUCUAUACUUGAAUUAUAUGACACUCGACCUCCCUCUCAACCAGGUGAGGAGACUACAGAGACGCCAAUUAUCCUCCAAGACAUUGAAAGGCAGACUAUCGACCCCGAAUCGGGCGAGUAUGUAACGGAACAUACAAGAAAACUUAUCGGCCGAAUGCGGCGAUCGAAAAAUAACAAUAUAGGAAAAGAUCAAUUUUGGAGACCAUUGAGAAAAUACGCAUAA